AUGGAGACGCCAAGCACGCUUCCGCCUAGAGAUGUGGCCAUCGCCAUGAUUGAACAUGGUGUAAUGAAGCAUAGGACGCGAUACGACAAGGUCUUCUUUAAAUCCGUCAUUGCUGGUGCCUUUUUGUCUACGGGAGGUUUGCUCCUGAUGAUCAUAGAGGGAGGAUCGCCGCAGUUGAACACAGACAAUCCGGGUAUCGUCAAGAUUUUGGGAGGUGCUGUCUUCCCCGUUGGCCUCAUGAUGAUUGUCCUUACUGGUCAGGAGCUACUCACGAGUAACAUGAUGGUGUUCCCUAUGGCGUGGAUGAAGGGUGCCAUUCCGUGGUGGAGUACAUUUGUAAACUGGAUUAUAGUCCUUUUCGGAAAUCUCGCUGGUAGCCUGUUCUUCGCAGCUGUCCUGGUCAAAUAUACUGGAAUUAUAUCAAUGGCACCUUACGAGCAAUUUAUGAGAGACUUUGCCAUAAAGAAAGCCGUAACCCCCGAAUGGCAUCAAAUAUUCCUACGUGGCAUUGCUUGCAAUUGGUUGGUAUGUAUAGCAGUCUGGCAAGCUGCUGGUGCAAAGGAAACAAUCUCUAAGAUCGUUGCAAUAUGGAUUCCUAUCUGGAUAUUCGUAUCCUGUGGAUACGAUCACGGUUCUCUGACGGAUUAUGGUCUAGCUAAUAUGUUCCUCGUCACUGUCGGCAUGCUCUUUGGUGCCGAUGUUCGUAAUUUAUUCUUGUCCUAUAGGGAGAAUCAACUCACAGUUACUUUAUAG